CACCUACCUCAGGUCUUCACUCUGCGGGCUUCGACUGCCGCGAGCCACGCCCGCUCUCCGCCCCCUUCCGCCUGCUCUCAUCCGAGGGCAAGAGCAGGCAGCUAAGUCUGCGCGUGAACUCGAGCAGCCGCCGUCGAAUGCAUUACCCCCCAGGCAGCCUGCAGUCCUCGCUGCGUAGCUUGAGCGGUGGUCGGCGCCUCACGUUCUCCCUCAUCGGAGUAGAUUUUCUUCUCCUUUAGAGCCGAGCAACAGCACCUCUUCGGCAAGCAUACCGAAUCGUCCCUCGAGCGAGCGCCGUGCGAGGGAUGCUUAAAUGAUCGGAUAUUGGAGCGAAAGAUUCGGCUUCAAAGUGAGUAGCGAGAACUCAAGCGGAGACUCCUCCCGCUUUGGUGAACCCUAUGCUUGUGCCAUUUCUUUCUCCAUGACUUCGAAGUGCUUGGCUUGUGAUACUUGUUGAAAGGAUAGGGGCAAGACUUGGCCUUUCCUUCUGCUAGCAGGCGGGUCCUAUGGUGCCUUGAUAUUGAAUUGUAGUUGCCGAUCUGCGCAUCAUAAACCUUUUGGAUUACAUAAGAUGGAUUUUGAAGGAGUUGUGCUGUCAGAAGGCACUGACAAAACUAAUGAUCGAACAACUGUAAAGAGUUUUGACAAUGCAAAAGGGGUUCAAAGCUGCUAUGUUUUCAAGAGUCGUUUGCAAGAGUAUGCCCAAAAAGUAGGCAUUCUUACACCUGUUUAUCAGACUCUUAAGGAAGGUCCUUCACAUGAGCCUGUCUUCAAGUCAACUGUCAUUGUUAAUGAUGUCAGAUAUGAUUCUCUUCCUGGUUUUUUCAACCGGAAAGCUGCAGAACAGUCUGCUGCUGAGGUUGCUCUAUUGGAGAUCCACAAAUCAGGCCUCAUGACCGAAAACAUGCCCACAGUUCACAAAACUGGUCUAUGCAAAAAUCUGCUCCAGGAGUAUGCUCAGAAAAUGAACUAUGCAAUCCCAUCGUACAUCCACACCAAAAGUUCCUCCGGAGUAACACCAUAUAUAUGUACUGUCGAGAUUGGAGGAAUUCAAUAUAUAGGAGCUGCAGCUAGGACAAAAAAGGAAGCUGAGAUUAAAGCUGCAAGGACAGCACUUUUGGCUAUUCAGAGUCAGUCUAACGCAGGUUAUGACGGUGCGUCGCACUAUGCCGUACUUCCUGGUAAAAGGAAAGUGAAGGAAUUAGAGGUAGAAGCUGAAGUAGUGAAGAAGAUCAAAACUAAUAAGGCGAGUUUCAAGAAGAGAUGGUCCAAAAAGAGGUUUCAUCGAAAUAAUGAUGGUCAAGUAGCUGAAUCUCACAAAGAUGAACCUCAGAUAGCUGUCUCAGAAGAUGAAUCGACGAUCCCCGGGAGAGGUAAUGAUGUUCAAAUUCAGGAGCCUAAUCAUGAUCCUUGAAAUUGUCAUCACAAAAAAUUCAUAUUUUUUCCCACAUAUAAUCUGCAUAUGAGGUCUUGCACUAUUAUUGGAUGGCAGGCUAGUCUCGGGUCAAACUAGAAUCAUAAAUUUUUCAGUAGAUUUAAUUUCUAUGGGACUUGGAGCUCUGUUUUGGUUGGUGAACAUCUCUCUCUUUUUAAUAUUGAACUCAUGGAUUAGAGCCCCUCAACUAUUAAUACGAUUUUGUACAGCUAAUUUCAUAAAAGUGCUAAUUCAUGUCA